AUGUCACUCGAGAUGAUCAGCGUGAAUGAUGGGAGCUUCCAAUUUCCACUGCCGGACUUCUAUACCGAGGUGGAGACUGGAAGCCAUAGCCUCAAUCUGGAAGAUCAGAGUUCAGCUCCAGUCUUAGCCAAGGCCUUUCAGGCGUUGCUGAGCAUCUUGGCUUUGCCCUUGACACCGCAUGGCUCUGGAGGACUCUUAGAGAGGCAGGUGGCCCAAAUCUGCCAGCGGCUGGCGAGCUUGGAAGAUGGGCCCAGGAAGAGGGCGGAGAGGGGCGCCGAUGACAGCCGCAGCACCUCCAACUUCGUGGCGACGACGAACUCGGCGCCUUCUGAUGAAGCCCAGCUGGCGUUCGAGAAGGAAGAGCUGGAGAAGGAAGAGCUUGAGAAAGAAGAAGACGCGGAAGACGAUUUGUUUUUUGUGUAA